GCAGGCGGCAGCUGGGAGAGAAGGAGACAGACAGGCUGCGUAAAGAGAGUCAAGAGAGAGAGACAGGGAGAGUUCCUUCCUCCUCAUCAAUGGGGCUUCUCACCGCGCCGCAGGAGGACAACUGAGGCAGGAACCCGCUCAAAAUGGCUAAAAACCAGGAGGUGGAGCGAAUCGCCAAAAAGCUGGAUAAAAUGGUGCACAAGAAGAACACGGACGGAGCUCUCGACCUGCUGAGGGAGCUGAAGAACAUCAAGAUGUCUCUGGAGACCCUGCAGUCGACCAGAGUCGGGAUGUCGGUGAACGCGGUGAGGAAACAGAGUUCAGAUGAAGAAGUUCAGACCUUGGCCAAAGCUCUCAUUAAAUCCUGGAAGAAACUGCUGGACGGUUCAGAGGAGAAGGAGAAGAAGAAGGAA